AAGAUCAUCAAAAUUCUAAAAAAUUCUACAAAUAUAUAGAUAAUCAAUAAAAGACAAUUGACAGCAUCACACACCGGACUCUCCUCAACUUCACAGGAAUAUGGAGUAUGAGUCUAUGACCUGAUUGAUGAGAUGUUGAGUGUCUCUUGUGGUGGUGAAGCUCUCUGUCUGUCAUGAUCUGAAACCAAUGGCUGACUCGACGAGUCAAAGAGAUUUCGGCGAUUCGAAUUUUUGUGUGGUUUUCCAGAGUCAAUUUCAAGAAUCCCCGCGCUUCUUUCAUCAUCCAUGCUACAAGUCUUUGUCCAUGAUCUUCGUUGAGUCCACGAUCGUUCUAUCUCUCGAUUGCCAAUGGGGACAUGGGAUCUAGAACCAUUUCUCUACAAUAAUGACAUGAAUGCUCUGAGGAGUUAAAUCGCUAAAUUUGUUGCCGGAAGAGUAAAACUAUAAAAAAAGACAAAAGAAAAAAAAUAGGAGUGAUAGUGACACUAUCACAAAAACGGAUAAAUCAAACCCUAACCAAGCCAAAACUCAGAACCAGAACCCUUUCUCCUCAUCUCCUCUCACCUCUCUCUCACUGCUCGCCCAUCCAGCGGCAUGUUGUUUCCCUAACUCUGUCUCCGCUGCGUGCUCCCCUGCCUGGCGUCAUCUUCUCCCUUGACUGAGAUGCUUCAUUUGUGGUUGUUUGUGAAAGUGCUUUCCCGACAUGUCUCGUAUUUUCUAGCGGCACUGCUUCCUCUAUCCUUUAGCAGAUUUGAUUCUCUGGCUUCUUAUGGUUCCUUGGCCUUCACAUGGCCGCUGCAGUCCAAAUCAUUUCCAAGUCAAAACUGGAAAAAUGCGAAAAAAACUCCAACUCUGACGACAACCUUAAUUGCACCACAAAAAUCGUGGUCAACAUGGCUGUUCCGAGUGGCUCAAGUGGAGGAGAGGCAUCCAUUGUUGCAGAGUUAGUGGAGGUGGAGGAAAACUCAACCACCAAGAUGCAAACGCUGCGGAUUCCACCUAUCAUAACUGUGAAUAAAUCUGCUGCUUUUGCAUUGUAUCAGUUAUCAUACAUACGGGAUGUUCCUUAUAAACCUGAAGAGUACUAUGUUAGGACACGAAAGUGUGAGCCAGAUGCUAGUUCAAAUGUUGUUAAGAUAUGCGAAAGAUUGCGGGAUGAAGAAGGUCAUAUAAUUGAAAAAACUCAGCCAAUAUGUUGUCCAUGUGGACCACAACGACGGAUGCCUUCAUCAUGUGGAAACUUCUUUGAUAAAUUGACAAAAGGAAAGGCCAACACGGCACAUUGUGUGCGCUUUCCAGGUGAGUGGUUUCAUGUAUUUGGUAUUGGACGGCAAACCUUGGAAUUUAGUAUUCGAAUACAGGUCAAGAGUGGGAACAAAGUUUCGGAAGUGAUUGUGGGUCCUGAAAACAAAACAGUGACAUCUCAAGAUAAAUUUUUGAGGGUUAAUCUUAUCGGAGAUUUUGUUGGGUAUACAAGUAUACCAUCUUUUGAGAAUUUCUAUCUUGUUGUACCAAGACGGGGUGGCCCUGGUCAGCCGCAGGAAUUGGGAAGAAAUAUAUCAAUGUGGAUGCUACUUGAAAGAGUUAGAUUUACUUUAGAUGGUUUUGAAUGUAACAAAAUUGGUGUUAGUUAUGAAGCUUUCAAUCAACAACCAAACUUUUGCUCUUCACCCUAUUGGAGUUGUUUGCACAAUCAACUCUGGAAUUAUUGGGAGGCUGAUUUGAACCGCCUAAGUAGGAACCAGACGCCACUCUAUGGUUUGGAAGGACAAUUUGAAAGGAUAAAUCAGCAUCCAAAUGCAGGGGGUUAUUCUUUCUCCAUAGGAAUUACAGAGGUUCUUAAUACAAACCUUGUGAUAGAAUUAAGUGCCAAUGAUGUAGAGUACGUUUAUCAAAGGAGUCCUGGAAAGAUUCUCAGUGUUAGUAUCCCUACAUUUGAAGCUUUAACUCAAUUUGGAGUUGCUACAAUCACUACUAAGAAUACUGGUGAUGUGGAAGCAUCAUAUAGUUUGACGUUUAAUUGCUCCAAGGAUGUCACCUUAAUGGAGGUAUUAUUUAAAACAUAUAUGAUGUCUAUACUAAAAGAUUCUGAUUAUAGCGAAGUUGAUAGAGCUGAAUGUCAGUUUACUACUAUGGCAACUGUUCUUGAUAAUGGAACCCAAGGAAUGCCUUUUCAACCACCAGAGAAUGACAUUGGUUUCUUUGAUUCUAUUGAGCACAUGUGGACCAAACUAUGGACAAGCUUUGUAGACUUUGUUACUGGAAAAUCUUGCAGGCAAAAAUGCUCUGGUUUCUUUGACUUCAAGUGCCACAUACAAUAUGUAUGCUUGAGUUGGAUAUUAAUGUUUGGUUUAUUUCUAGCAAUAUUUCCAGCAGGGAUUGUGGUAUUAUGGCUUUUGCAUGAGGAAGGUCUAUUUGACCCUAUUUAUUACUGGUGCGACGACACCUUUGUCGACGAUCAAAUCAUGGAUAAACAGAACUACAAAUAUGACAAAAGACACCACCAUAGACAAGAAGCUAAGCACCCUAAGCAUGGUUCCCAACAUAGGCAAAGGACUAGUUAUGAGCCCAAGCAUAAGCAAAGGCAUAAGCAUUCUGAAGGAGAGUCUGGUAGUUUUGAUCAUUUGCAUCAUGUUCAGAAAGAAAAUCACAAGCAUGGACACAAGAAGAAUAAAGAUAUCAUGUUGCAUAAUGUUGACAAUCGUGCUCAUCAUAAGCGUAAGAGAAAUCGAGACACUUCAAUAGGAUUAGUCAAGGAGAUGAAGCUGAAUCGUGACGAACACAAACAAGAGUUGUAGAUGAACUAGAGUCUAUGCAAAGAAAGUUGUUAUUAUUUUCAGUAUUAGACACUGCAAUGCUUAGUGCAACUUUUUAGCACCCUUUCCUAGUUAGACAUCAUAAAUCUCCUAUUAUAUUUUCUAAUAGAAUGGGGAACAGAAAUUAAAGAAGAAAGUUAUUGAAAG